UUGACUCGCAGGAUGAACGCCCUUCGAACUCUGUUUCUCUUGGCCGCCGGCCUCUCUGUGGGUGAGCCAUCAAUCCAACCCAGGGCGCUCAACCAGUUCAGGAAAGGUAUCCAGUGCCUGGUGCCUGACAGCUCGUCAGUUUUGGACUACGUUGACUACGGCUGCUACUGUGGAUAUGGCGGCUCUGGCACGCCUGUGGACGAGCUGGACAGGUGCUGCGAGGUGCACGACAAGUGUUACGAUGAGGCCAAGGAGUACCACGAAUGCUGGCCCAUCAUCGACAGCCCUUACAUCAAGUGGUACGCCUGGAGCUGUGACGAAGCUAGCAAGAUGAUCACCUGUGGCAAGAACAACAGCGUAUGUGAGCAGUUCAUCUGCGAGUGUGACAGGAAGGCCGCCGAGUGUUUCGCCAGAUCGCCUUAUAACCCCGAGAACAAGAACCUGCCCAGUGAGCGAUGUCAGUAGAAGACCUCUGUAGUUAAUCCAACACAGGAUCCACUCCCACACACCACACACCCAUCACUGAUCUCUCAGAGCUCUGAGCUGUCACAUUCUCAAGGUCAUGGUUUUCUUUUCUCCUUCUUUCUCUGCGCUGCAUCUCUAUUGUUAUUGUGGAUCUGUAUCCUGACCAGAAACACCAGUAGAUCUGCAUCUCUCAUUAACUGAAGCCUGGUCAUUCACCGGUAUAAUCCUAACUCAAGUUUCCAGUAGAGGGCGCUCUCAUCUAGCUCUUUCUUCCCUUGCUUGCAAGAAGUAGUUUACAGAUUGUAGACUUUAAUAUUGGCAAUUUAUCAAAUUAUAAAAAUGCUUGCAGUACUCA